ACAAAAAAACAUUUUUAUUGUAAGUAAGAUCGAAACGGUUUAGACAGCUGGUGUUUAAUCACUAAACGUUAUUAAUCAUGAAUGUAUCUAGCUCUCUGUCGACUGUAUUUUGUAUUAUGUUUGUUUUUUAUGGACUUUUUGUUAUUGCCCUCGCAAAUGUGAAUGGCGACGAUGAGUGGAUUGAUCUUUAUGACAUGCUGAAUUAUGACCCAACAGCAAAGCGCAUGAGAAAGCCACCAGAGGCUAUCACAGUCACCAUUACCAACUUCAUCACAGAUCCACGGAAGCACAUCGGUCAGGGCAUCAGCGAGUUUCUCAUAGCUUUGCUGAAAGAUCUGCCAGUCACUCUCCAGAUACCUGUGCUUCUUUUGAUCGGGGCAGCCAUCCUUCUUUUCGUGUACGGAAGUGCUCAUGUGGCUAUACAACAUGCAUUACCUUGGCUCUGGCUUGGUGGACGUCGGGACCAGCCGCAUUCUGCGGUAGAACAUCAGCCAGCUCCUCCAAUAAGAGAGCACGAACCCCUCGCAGGUGGAGAUGCACCACUGCCACUAUCAGAGCAGCAAGAGACGAUCAAUCAAGUAAGAAACCGGGUUAACAAGGAAUUUAGGGAACGGAAUGCCAAUGCAGAUGUGAAUACCGUUCAGCCAAGAGAUAGGGACUAUCAAAGCAUGGACCUCCCACAUCGAUUUAAUCCCAGACCCGGAGAGGCGCAAACUGUUCCGGUCAAGAAUCUGCGCUUUGUAGUUAGCGCCUCUGGUGAGGACAACAUUGAUUUUCAACAGGGAAGACAAGAGCCAGGUCCUGAGAUAGAGGGAGGUGCAGAACCUAAAGUGGAGGAAGUCCCAAAAGAGGAAGAAAAGGAGACUAACGUUUCUACUAAAGACAAAGACACUCAGAAAGACGCUCAGAUUCAGGACAAAAGUGAGAAUGAACUCAUAAGCAAUGAGGCGUCUCAACAAAUAGAUGUGAAGACCCUGGGUGCUGAACAAGGGAAUGAUCACUUUACGUUCACUAAAAGGAUGUGGGCUGCUCGAAAUAACAUCAACCUGCAGGUUUUUACUGGGACAUCAGGAGACGGAACCGAAGUCCUCGGAGAGGAAAAAUUUUCAAGCUUUAGGACUCCAGUUCAAGAAACGCAGCCAUAAAAUGGUGUCAAUGCUAUUACUUUCAUACAAUUGCUUAUUUAUAAAUAAAAUUUAUUUUAGUAUUCUCCCUGUCGAUAGUAAGUUUUGAGGUUAAUUCAGUUACUUAAGUAACUGAAUUAACAUGCAACCUUGGAGAGAAGGUUUACAACCUAAAAAAUGGGACAUUUUCACCACACCAAUAUUUUAUUUACAAAUAAUUAUAACGUCUUGUAUAAGCAUAGGAGUGUAUUUAUGAAAUUUUGCUUUGGAUAAGUUGAUAUUUUUAGUAGGAUAACUGCUUAAUUUUCAGGGGCAUUUAAUGACUUCCUGUAUGCUUUUGUGUUUGUUAUUCCCUGUAUUACACAAAAUAUGUGCCCCUGUAAUUGGUGCUACCUAUAUUAAUAGAGGUCUUAGUCUAUACAGCUGGCCAUUUUGUUGUCAUUUUUUAAAAGAAACCCCAAAAUAAAACGAUAUGCUCUCUUUUUCCAGAAGAUGAUAUUAGCAAAGCGCAUAUCUAUUGGGGUAAAUUUCUUGGAUCUAUUACCUGGAGACAUGUUUGGCUGAUACCUAAUAAAUAUGUCAUAUUACCAAAAAUAAAUUUAAUUAUAAACGCUGCACAGAAAACUGUUUAUCCAGGUUUAACAAAGGCAUGGGUGUAAACUUUUUGUCAACUAGAAGCUACCUCAUGUUUUCUGCCAUCGAUGUACAAAAAUAUUUUGGUGGGAGGUUUCUAUAUAAAUUAUG